ACGACGGCCUCGGCCCUCGGCGCCGCUGCCUUCUCGCCCUCAGAGUCAGAUGGAUACUCCUCCCUUCGCGCGCUUCCCCGCCGUUCCACCCGCCCGCCAUCGCGCCACUCAUGCCGCAAGCGCGCGCGGUGAGCCCACCUACCCCGGCGUGCGGAAGAACGCGCGUCUCACCGCAUCCCGCCCACGUUGGCGCCGCGCGGCCGUUCGGUGCGUCUGCGCCCUUGAUGUGUUCGGGGAAAUGCCACGCCGGAGAACCUGCGCCGGGUCUAUGCAGGAUCCACGCGCGGGUGCCCUUGCCGCAGGCAUCAACGUCGGCACUCGGCAGUCUCCACCCGAGCAUCUUCUCAAAUGAUUGACUGGCUCAUCGCGCCCACGGGGCUCCCCUGGCCCUGACGACCCAUGCUCAUUUCAGCUCCGAGCUGGUCGACCCACAGGUAAGGUAAAAAAUGCCGCUGGUGAUUUGGCAUCACAUGUUGCCUCCCUGGCGAAAUUCAACAACUGAAUGUGUCGUCUGGUUAAUUAUUGUUUCCUACUACGUUGGGAAUUUGGAAAAGUAUCCUACACAGCAUAGCACUUUGUACAUUCCUUGGAAUAGACGCCUCUGCUUUGUCUUAGAUUGGAGGAAUUUUUGUUUUCCCCUCCGACUACUGUGGGAGAUUUUACAUAGUUUCAGCGGCUCUACAUAUGCCAAAAUGUGUCGAUAGAUACAAGGUUGUACAUACGUAUCAGAAAUAAUCAAGCAUCUCAAGGAGGAUCUAGUUUAAGCCUGGCGAUAUAAAUGAUGCUUUGUGAUGUUUUGUCCUGUACUGCUUGUACCAUUUAUUCAAUAAAGUAUGCGUCGUACUAUGUCUUAGGUGGUUUGGUGGUCCAAUGCAUAUUCAAGCCUGAUAGGUCCAAUGCAUAUUCCUGCUUUUGCUCUUGCCGUUGUUGUGAUGCCUUAGGUGUGCCGGGAGAGAUGUCAGGGUUGCUUGGCACGGUUGUUGACGCAGCAAUAGGAUGGCUGGUGGAAAGCAUCCUUGGGAGCUUCUUCACUGGACAGAUGGAAGCAUGGACUCAUGAAAUCGGGCUUGCUGAAGAUGUGGAGAAGCUCAAAUUUGAGAUGAGGUACGUGGAGAUGGUUCUUGCUGCUGCCAGGGGAAGGAGGAUUGACAACAUGCCUCUGGCACAGUCACUGGCUGAUCUCAAAGAACUGCUUUAUGACUCAGAGGACGUGAUGGACGAGCUCGACUAUUACCGACUCCAGCAACGGAUCAAAAAAGGGAAAGGCUGUACUGCUCCUACUGGUACUAAUCCUGAUGGAAGCUAUGUGUCCUCAUCCACUCUAUCUUCUGUUGUUAAAUUAGUACUCAGCGCCACAAGCCAAAUAACUGAUUGGAUCUCACGCGGUAGAAAAAGGAAACGUGAAGAGGAAGGGCCAGCUCAUUGCAACAUACUGCCUUUUGUGAUUAAAGAUAACAUUUCUAAGAGGAUCAAUGUAAUAGUGAAUCUUCUACACAGUAAUGGCAAUUCUGUGCAGGGGGCUCUUCAGCUUGAGAUCUUGCGCCCCAUGGCAGCAUCAAGUAAGAGUCAGAAUAUUACCAGAAAUGCUCACAUGACAACUUCUCAUUCAAUUGAACAUCAGGUGUACGGGAGGGAUGCAGAAAGAGAUGAGAUAAUAGAUCUAUUGAUAAAGGGGGGAUCUGGUGAUCUGAAUGUUUUACCAGUGGUUGGCAUUGGUGGUAUUGGGAAGACGACGCUUGCUAGAUAUGUAUACCAUGAUGAAAGAAUUACAAAUCAUUUCGAUUUGAAAAUGUGGAUUUGUGUAUCCACAAACUUCAGUGAAAGGAGACUGACAAUUGAGAUCUUAGAGCAUGUCUGUAAAGAUAGACAAGAGUACGAAAAUGUAAGCAAUUUCAAUGUACUACAGGAGAUCCUUUUGAAGUACAUCAGAAAGAAAAUAUUUCUGCUCGUAUUGGAUGACAUGUGGGAAGACAAGGACAAGAUUGGAUGGAUUAAACUCUUGGCUCCAUUAAAAGGUAAUCAAGUAAGUGGUUGCAUGAUACUAGCAACAACUAGAAUGAAAUCAGUUGCAGAAAUGAUACAAACGAUGGAUGAAGUCAGAAUGAGUGGCCUCAAUGAAAAGGAAUUUUGGCUGUUAUUCAAGGCAUGUGCAUUUGGUAAUGAGAACUAUGAGGGUGAUCCUUAUUUGCAGUCUAUUGGCAAACAGAUUGCUAAAGCACUAAAGGGCUGCCCACUUGCUGCACAAAGUGUUGGUGCACUUUUGAACACAAGUGUUAGUCAUAAGCAUUGGAGGACAGUUCGGUUCAAAUGGAGAUCUCUUCAAGACGAUGCCAAUGAUAUUUUACCCGUCUUGAAGCUCAGUUAUGAUUAUCUACCAGUCCACCUUCAACACUGUUUCUCAUAUUGCUCUUUAUUUCCAGAGGACAAACAAUUUGAUGGGAAAGAAUUGGUCCAUGCUUGGAUAUCACAGAAUUUUGUGCGGUGUGAAGACACUACCAUGAAAUUGGAGGAAACAGGGCAGCGAUAUUUGGAUAGAUUAGUUGAUUUGUGCUUCUUCCAAAAGGUUGGCUCAAAGUAUGUUAUGCAUGAUCUAAUGCAUGAAUUGGCAGGGAAAGUUUCAUCAAAUGAGUGUGCAACUGUACAUGGAUUGAAACAUGAGGAAAUUCGAUCAAGUGUUCGCCAUUUGUCAAUCAUAACUACUGCUUUUGAUAAAGAUAAACCUGGCAGUUUUCCUAUUGAGAAGUUUGAUCAAAUACUUCAGAAGGUUGGACCUUCGCAAAAAUUGAGGACUUUGAUGUUGUUUGGGCGAAGCAGCAUAAAUUUAUUAGGGUCCUUACAUACUUUAUGCAAAAAGGCAAAAUGUUUGCGGAUCCUAAGAAUUUAUGUGACAGAGGCUGACGUUAGCUCUAUACAGAGUCUGUUAAAUCCAUACCAUCUUCGUUAUCUUGAAUAUAUUCAUGUUGACCUUACAGACAGAUUGUUAUAUAGAGUCUACAACAACACUGUCACUGUGUUUCCUCAAGCAUCGACAAGAUUUUAUCACCUUCAAGUAUUGAAUUUGGGUAUUUCAGGCAAUUUUGCUGUGCCUAAUGAUAUUUAUAAUCUUGUUAAUUUGCGCCAUCUUAUUUCUCAUGAGAAAGUGCAUCAGGCAAUAGCUUGUGUUGGCAACAUGACCUCUCUUCAGGAACUAAAUUUCAAGGUUCAAAAUGUCAGUAAUUUUGAGAUAAGAGAACUUCAGUCUCUGAAUGAGCUUGUGCUACUUGAAAUUUCUCAACUUGAAAACGUGAGGACUAAAGAAGAGGCCAGUGGGGCCAGGCUGUUAGACAAAGAGUAUCUAGAAACUUUGUCCUUGUCAUGGCAGGAUAACAGCACGAAUCUUCAACCAGACGUAGCAAAGGAUGUGCUUGAAGGUCUUCAACCACAUCAGGAUCUCAAAACUCUAGAAAUAACUGGAUACGGUGGUGCUACCUCCCCAACCUGGCUUUCUAAUACUUCCUUAGUUACCUUGCUGCAGAUACUUCAUCUAGAGAAGUGCAGGGAAUGGCAAAUGCUUCCAACUCCUGAAAUGCUUCCUUUCCUUAGGAAGCUGACAUUGAUCAGAAUGUUGAAUUUAACGGAAAUCUCAGUUUCUUCCUUGGAAGAGUUGAUCUUGAUUGAUAUGCCAAAACUGAAAAAAUGUAUCGGUUCUUAUGGAAUGGAAUUGACAUCCCGUCUAAGGGUUUUGAUGAUCAAGAACUGUCCUCAAUUGAAUGAGUGCACUCUUUUCCAGAGUUACUCUUCUUUCAACGCUGAGCAGAAAUCAUGGUUUCCAUCUCUUAGGAAACUCUCCAUCGGGCAGUGUCCUCAUAUAUUAAACAACUGGCCAAUCCUUCCACUAAGAGAAAUGGAGGUGCUCAAGGAGUUGGAGUUGAUGGACCUACAUGUUGUCAGAGUGUCAGUUCCUUCUCUGGAGAAGUUGGUGUUGACUAAAAUGACAAGCCUGGAAUUUUGCAGCAGUCUAACGUCCCAAGGAGAUCAAAUGGGAUUGCCGUCUAGUCUGCGUAGACUUACCAUCCAUGAUUGCCCUUGUUUGAUAGUGUCACACCCUCUUCUGCCUUCUGCUUUGAUUUCCGAGUUAUCCAUCAGGGGAUUUCAGGGACUUGCAAAAAUGAGUAUAGACCAUAGAUGGUUCACUAUCGAAGAUAAUGAGUCGAGUGUGCUAGAUGAUAGUAUCCUGGCAUUCAGUAACCUUGGGGGCAUAACAUUGUUUCAAAUAAGAAACUGUCCAAAUCUGGUCUCUCUUUCAAGUGAAGCUUUCAGCCACCUCAUCGCUUUACAGGUGUUAGUUAUAGACGACUGCCCUAAUCUGACUAUGUCAAACAUUAUGCCAGAGGUUGUCCUCUCAUCUCUCAAACGUGUCCACAUUGACAGAUGUGGCGUAACUGGGAGGUGGCUAUCUCAACUUCUUUCACAUUCACUGUCCCUUGAGGACUUAAAAUUAAGGGACUGCCCGCAUAUAAAGUUUCUAUCAAUUAGUCAGCCUACAGAAACGGAAGGAACCAGCAGUUUGGCUUCAGCAGUGAUGACCUCGGCCCAAGAUGAGCAUGAAUUGAAACUUCCAUAUAAUAUCCUAUGUUCUCUCAAGAUGCUAUGGAUUCAGCAAAGCUUAGAUCUGAAGUUCUUUGGGGGUAAUAGAGAUUCUACAAGAUUCACCUCUCUUAGGGAGCUAGUCCUUGAUGAUUGCCCCAAGCUGGUCUCAUCGUUGGUUGGUGAAACGAAAGAUGAUGGUACCAUGGAAGUUGGAUUACUCCCUCCAUCACUUGAAGACCUUACUAUCACUCCUCUCCCAAGAAACUUGCAGUCCUUCACUCCUCAAGGCCUUCUCCACCUCAAAAAGCUAAGUUUAUCAGAUAGCCCAUGUUUGAAGUCUGUAGAGCUGCAUUCUUGUACGGCUCUACAGGAGCUGCAAAUCUGGCGUUGUGGUAAGCUGGCUGUACUGGAGGGCUUGCAGUUCCUGACCUCCAUUCGAAGCUUGGAUAUCUGGUUGAAUCCCGAGCUGUCUUGUGCAUGGGAGCUCAAACUGCAGGAGCAAGAACAAGGUGGCAAUCAAAUUCAGCUGCUUCCUCCGUCACUUGAUAAACUUGAGAUUUGUGAUCUCACAGAUAGGGUCCAGUCCCGUCUCCUGACCUGCCUCCCCGCCAUCACCAAAUUAGCAAUACGGUAUAGCCCAAAAUUGACGUCUCUACAGCUGGGAUGCUGCACGGCACUGAAAGAGUUGGAAAUUGGAUACGCCAACUUGCUUGUUUCGAUCGAGGGCCUCCAGUUCUGUAGAAACCUGACAUCCUUGAAAGUAUUUAAUUCCUCUGGCCUAGCUUCCUGUUUGGAGCUUGUGUCGCAUCAGCAAGGGGCCUCUGAGAUCUGGUCUAGACUGGAAACUCUUCAGAUGGAUGACGCAUCUGUCCUUUCCAUGCCCUUAUGCAAACAGCUCACAUCUCUAACACACCUGGAGUUUCGUUCUCGGAGUGUUGAACAGAGAGAGAGCUUGGUGAACCUAACAGGGGAACAAGAGAGAGGGUUACAACUUCUAACCUCCCUCCAAGAACUUCGGUUUCAGGGUUUCCCGAAUCUCUUGUCACUUCCUGAAAACCUUCACAGCCUUACCUCCCUUGAGAGGUUAUCUAUAUAUCAUUGUCAGAGCAUCACAAGGCUGCCAGACAUGGGCCUCCCACCAUCGCUCAGGCACCUUGAGUUAUUUUAUUGCAGUGAGGAGCUAGGCAUGCACAGCAGAAUUGUAACAACGGAGAAGCUAAAGGUCAGGAUUGAUCAUCAGUAUGCGAAUUAAUCACCAGUGUUUACUUCUAAGACUGCAGCCACCCGAGGUGUUGACAUGUUGUACAUAUUUCUGCGCUCCUGUCACCAUCAUAUUUUGUGCAAGUUUCAUUCACCCAUUUGGCUUUCCACAAGCUACUCUAGCUGCAUGAUGGAUGGACCAAGGAAACCAUGUUGAAAGUGGCAACUAUUUUUGUUUAUCAGGGUCAUUAUGACCUUUCGCUUAUUCUUGUGCCUUCUAGUUGCUGGCUGGCUGUGAGCUAUGCCAUAUCAACUGGCCGUGAGUGCAAGCCUUACCAUGGGUUCCGUUAGUUCACCCCGUCCUUAUUCUGAUCAGCACAUAUCAACCAAUGCUGUUUUUUUUGCGGGGGAUAUCAAUAAAUGCUGUUAACUAGAAACAUGGUGUACGUUGGCACUUGGGCCAUGUCCAUGACAAACUGAAGAAUGUACAGCAAUUCCGUCGGUGAUGAUCUCCUACAAGCACUGGAGCCCAAAGUCAAGGCGCUCAUCUCAUGACCUCCUCUACUGCCUUCUUGCUUCUCAGCAGUGCAUUCGGUGAGUUUGGGUGACACUCAACCCGUGUUAUCGACCAAGGUUGGGUUGUCACUGAAUUUGAAGUUGCUGGAGAUGUUCUCGCCGAGCUCGGCGAAGAGGGUCUUCGCGCCGCUCAUGUAGUUUGAGGCACCCGUGUUGAGAUACUAGGCCUCGUAGAAACCAUUGGCUAAGAUGAUAGGAAAAGAAGCCGCCCUGUUUGUAUUCUACUGUAUAACGAGGCAACAAACAUUUCCAAAGCUGAAGUGCUACCAUUUGUGCAACAAACAUUUCCAAAGCUGAAGACCACACCCUAAUUAAAGAUGGAAAGUAGAAAUACAGUCGAAUCACGACGACACUCAGUAAUAGUUGAAUUUGUACUUUGCUAUGCGACCUUCUGUGCCGACAUUCCAUUCUCAGCAUUGCGUCUGAUUGGGCAUUGCUUGAGGGUAUGGCUUGCAAGUCGCAAGUGCAGGUGAUCUGCUCCCAUAACCUGUGCCUUGUAGAGAUAAAACUUCUAUAUGUGCUUUUUGGUAUAUUAUCUCCAUGCACACUUGGUCA